GUUCAAUCGAACUUUGUACUCGCUGAAUUGUUCUUCUGUUUCGGUUCUUCAUUUGUUACAAAACUGCACUUUUAAAAAAUCUUUACAGUGUAUAAGUGCUUUUAUUUCACACUGAUUGUAUCUUUGAUUAUUUAAAUAUUUGUGAAUAUAUGUCGAUGUUAUCAUAAUUGAUGACCUUAUUUUUAUAGAAUAAUGUGAUGACCUUAGAUUCUUAUUCCUUUAAAGUUGUUCUACAUCUAGUUAAGUGUAUGAUGGUAAAAGAGUCAGUUGUCAAGUUUUGCAAAUCUUUAAAGUAUUUCUGGUAAUUGAAUUUAAACAGUAUAUCACAUUUAUGAUAAGUAAUUUAUAGCAGAAAUUUAAUAACUGCUGAAAUUGUGAGUAAUUAAAGAUUCCAAAAUAUGUCACAAUACGAGGAUGUAAUAAUGGAAGACAAAGUAAACAAUGAAAAUAUUAUGACAGACUCAGAGAUUCGUCAUAGAAUUCCAUGGAGUGAACGUGUAUUAUUAAAUAGUGAAAUACCAGGUUUACACGAAGUUAAAGAAUUAUUAGAAGAUGAUGACACGAGUUGCUUGGAAGAGGAAGAAGAUGGAGUUGGUUGUCCAUUACCAUCCACUCCUGAAGAUGAUCAUCUUUUGGAUUGUGAGAUGACAGAGGUACUAAAAGCUGGUGUAUUAAGCGAUGAAAUUGAUUUGGGUGCCUUAGCACAUAAUGCUGCAGAGCAAGCAGAAGAAUUUGUUCGUAAGGUGUGGGAAGCUUCAUGGAAGCAGUGUCAUUUUAGAAAUCUUCCAAGAUGGUUGCAAGAUAAUGAUUUCUUACAUGCUGGACAUAGACCACCUUUGCCAUCAUUUUAUGCCUGUUUUAAAAGUAUCUUUCGAAUUCAUACAGAAACAGGAAAUAUUUGGACUCAUUUACUUGGAUGCGUAGCGUUCAUUGGUAUAGCUAUAUUUUUCAUAACGCAACCUCCGAUAGAAAUACAAUUAGAAGAAAAAUUGGUAUUCGGUACAUUUUUCGCUGGUGCUAUUAUGUGUCUAGGAAUGUCCUUUGCCUUUCAUACUGUACACUGCCAUAGCGAAUGUGUCGGAAAGUUGUUUUCAAAACUAGAUUAUUGUGGAAUAGCUAUGCUAAUUAUGGGUAGUUUUGUACCAUGGCUUUACUAUGGUUUUUACUGUGACUAUCAACCUAAGCUUAUUUAUUUGUCCGUCGUAGUAAUACUUGGUGUAACAAGUAUUGUAGUUUCCUUGUGGGAACGAUUCGGUGAACCAAGUUACAGACCAUUAAGAGCAGGUGUCUUUAUGGGAUUUGGUCUUAGCGGAGUAAUUCCAGCAGUUCAUUAUGCCAUUGCAGAAGGGUGGUUCAAAGCGAUUAGUCAAGCAUCCCUUGGAUGGUUAAUAUUAAUGGGAUGCUUGUAUAUCUUAGGUGCAAUGUUUUAUGCAUUAAGAGUACCUGAACGAUUUUUCCCUGGCAAGUUUGAUAUUUGGUUUCAGAGUCAUCAAAUCUUUCAUGUGUUAGUAAUUGCAGCCGCAUUUGUUCAUUACCAUGGAAUAACUGAGAUGGCUAUGUAUCGAAUGACAAUAGGGGAUUGUACAAAUCCAGCACAGGUGAUAGCUUUUUAAUUGUGCAAUGGGCAUAGUUGUAUUGUUGGAUUUUAUCUUGUAUAAAUUUAUAAAAACUUAAAGAUUCCUAAAUCUUUACGUGUCGGUAGAUCUGUACCAUAAAAGAACUGCUGGAAAACAGUAUCAUGAAUGAAAAAUGAAUGGCAUAAGACUUUUCUUACAUUUCAUUAUAAUUAAAAGUAACAUUCACAGAUACAUAACAAAAAUUUCACGAUAAAGUACAAUAUACAUAAUAAUUAAGAUUAAUCAGAGAUUAAAUUCACAGGAUUUAAUUAAAAUUUUUUACACUUUCGUAAAUUUUCAAUUUAUAAAAAAUAUAGUUGAAAGAUUUCAUUAAAUAAUAAGAUCAACGUUUCAAACGUUUGUUAUUAUAUUUACCAAAAAAGAGUUUCAGAAGUACAAAGUAAUUAAUAAUAUAACUAUUUACAGUUGUUGUUUUUUUUUGUUUUAUUUGACAUAAUUUAUUUAAAUAACAUCCCCCUAAUUUAGGUAAUAAUGCAAAUAUAUUACGCGUGAAAUAAAUGCCACAUUUCAUUAUUUAUGUUUUGUGCAGUUCUGUAACUUGAUCAACCCAAAUUGUAAGUACAGAUACCUAUAUGGCAACGAACAAAAACAUGGUCAUUAAGAUUUAGGAACUUAUCAUAAAUGCAAAUGAUUUUGUGACAUAAGCACGAUAAAAAUUGUAAUAUAUUUUGAACACUGUUAAAGUAAUGAAAACUAUAUAUUGUAAUGUUUGUGUGAACUUAAAAAAAAAAAAAAAAAAAGAAUAAUAAU